CAAAAGAAGUAAAAAUCGAAACAACAGAUCAUUUUCUUGAGAAACCACAGAUAAUUUUCUCGAGAAAAGGCUCAGAUAGUAUGAAACUCCCGAAAUUCUGGGUCCUGUUUCUGUGCCUUCUGAUUACGAUCCAAUCCAAGGCGUUGUUGGGGGUUAAAGCUCAAACUUCAAAGGAUGAAGCUUAUGUGACGCUGCUUUACGGAGAUGAGUUCCUAUUGGGGGUUAGGGUUUUGGGGAAAUCGAUAAAGAACACUGGAUCAUCUAAAGACAUGGUCGUUUUGGUCUCUGAUGGCGUCUCUGAUUAUGCCAAGAAACUUCUCAAGGCUGAUGGAUGGAUAGUGGAGAAGAUAAGUUUAUUGGAGAAUCCAAAUCAAGUUCGGCCAAAGAGGUUUUGGGGUGUUUACACCAAAUUGAAAAUUUUUAAUAUGACUAACUACAAGAAAGUUGUAUAUCUUGAUGCGGAUACUAUAGUAGUCAAAAGCAUCGAAGAUCUCUUUAAAUGUGAGAAAUUCUGUGCCAAUUUGAAGCAUUCUGAAAGGCUGAAUUCUGGAGUUAUGGUAGUGGAACCAUCUGAAGCUGUUUUCAAUGACAUGAUAGCCAAAGUUAAAACUUUUCCGUCUUAUACUGGAGGAGAUCAGGGAUUUCUGAAUUCUUAUUACUCUGAUUUUCCAAAUGCGCAUGUUUUUGAUCCUAAUAUGUCUCUGGAGGCAUUGAAAUCCCGACCUGCUCCUAAGAUGCAGCGUCUCUCCACUCUAUAUAAUGCUGAUGUUGGUCUUUACAUGCUUGCGAACAAGUGGAUGGUAGAUGAGAGUGAACUUCGUGUUAUUCACUAUACUCUUGGCCCUCUUAAACCUUGGGAUUGGUGGACAUCUUGGCUCUUAAAACCAGUUGAUGUCUGGCAGAAUGUUAGGGAACAACUUGAAGAAUCGCUUCCUGGAACUGGUGGAGGCAAAAAUCCUCAUGACGAGCUUCUGGUCAAACUCCUCUUUGUUUUACCUUUCUGUGCUCUUCUUUUUUGUUACUAUCAUUCUUUCCUUCAGACAGGGUUUUCAGUUUGCAGAACUUCAUUAGGCAAUCAGAUCAGACACUUCUACUACCCAAUUAGGUCAAGAAGAAUAACGGCUUACACGGGUGUUUCUUCAUCUUCCACUAUUAAUGCAAACAAUCAAUUUCCUAACAGGGGAGAGACCAAGGUGCCGCCCUACCUUGGCGGGAUCUCAAUUUUCGUUUGUUUUAUGGCUGCUGUGGUGUCCCUUGGAAUUGGUAUAGCAAUUGUGCCUCGACAAGUGAUGCCGUGGACUGGUUUACUCUUGAUGUAUGAGUGGACAUUUACGAUCUUCUUUCUUUUGUUCGGAGCUUUUAUUCAUUUGAUUUAUCAGUGGGGAAGGAGAACAACAACUCGAUUAGGAUCAGUUUCCUCUUAUACAAAUUCUUUUGAUUCUGAAUCUCAAAAAGGUCAUCAGCGGCAUGCAUCCUCUUGUGAUGUUGCUACUUGGUACUAUGGGUUCGGGAUGGCAUUUUUGGCUAUCGCCACCCCAUCCUUACCAUGUAUUUUUGGGAUCACUGCUCUGUUCUUGAGAUUGGGUCUAAUGGUGGUUGGAGGGCUUAUUCUAGCUUCUUUCAUGACAUAUGCUUCGGAGCAUCUUGCGAUUCGGUCGUUCUUGAAAGGUCUUGAGCAUCGGGAUACCACACCCUCAAGAAGUGCAUGUUUCCUGUGUUGAUAAGGCUUCAAAAUGCUCUUGUUAGUUAUCAAAUAUAUUAUCCGAGUCAGAUCUUUUUAUUCAGAUUCGGAGAUGAGUGUCGAAUAUGCAAAAUGAAGACGGAUGCUCAUGUUCGAAUAUGUAUCGUGCACUUGUAUGUCCCAGGGAAAAUGAAUACUCCAGGUUAACAUAGGUCAAUAGCUUUGAGUUUUUGUUUUAAUUGUAUUUUGUUUGUAAACCAUUGCAG